CCGCAGUGCGUUAACGUUUGUGCCCGCUCAGUUCUUUUCGUUCACACAGCUUCAGGUAAAAAGUGGAUAAAUUUCUUGGCGAUUUAGUUUAAUUUCACUGCAAUUAGGAUUCCAACUGUUGAUAUUAUACCAUAAUUGUAAAAUUUCUGUGAAAAAGUGACAAUUUCCAGCUGUACUACCCAAAUUAAUUUGACCGGUUGGCCUUCCUAGUGAUGCUCGUGUGAGGCAACAGUACACACAGGACCGUCUAGUAUCAAACACCCAAACCCGUCACAAUGUUUGCUGGUUUAUUGGACGCUGCCCGUAAUUCACCUUUCAAAACUCCGUUCAGUCGGGUACAGUGUGAUCCCGGCACCGAUCGGGCACUAGUGCCGUCCGGUGACCAAAGGAUCCAGGCUGCUGCCACUCGAGAGGUGGAGUUUGCUUCCAAUGAGUUCUACGCUCUGUGCGCGGUCGGUGGUAUUUUAUCGUGCGGUAUUACGCACACAGCGGUAGUGCCACUAGAUUUGGUCAAAUGUCGGCUGCAAGUCGAUCAGGCCAAAUACAAGAAUUUGUUUCACGGGUUUAAAGUAACCGUUGCAGAGGAAGGUGCCCGUGGUCUUGCCAAAGGAUGGGCUCCGACGUUCUUCGGAUAUUCGGCGCAGGGUGCUUUCAAGUUCGGUCUGUACGAAGUAUUCAAGGUGCAGUACGCCAACCUAAUCGGUGAGGAGAAUGCCUACCUGUACCGAACUUGGCUGUAUCUGGCCGCUUCGGCGUCGGCUGAGUUCUUCGCCGAUAUUGCUCUGGCCCCGCUGGAGGCAGCUAAGGUAAAGAUCCAAACCACCCCCGGAUACGCCAACACGAUGCGUCAAGCGAUGCCCAAGAUGAUGGCCGAAGAAGGUAUUACCGCGUUCUACAAGGGUCUGGUUCCGCUCUGGUGUCGACAGAUUCCGUACACCAUGAUGAAGUUCGCCUGCUUCGAGCGCACUGUCGAGUUGUUGUACAAACACGUGGUACCAAAACCACGCGCUGACUGCAGUAAAGGCGAACAGCUGGUUGUCACAUUCGCUGCUGGUUAUAUCGCCGGAGUGUUCUGCGCCAUCGUGUCCCAUCCGGCUGAUGUUGUUGUGUCUAAGUUGAACCAAGCUAAGGGUUCCAGCGCAGUCGAUGUGGCUAAGAAACUUGGUUUCAUGGGAAUGUGGCAUGGAUUGACGCCGCGUAUUAUUAUGAUCGGUACACUGACUGCGCUGCAGUGGUUCAUCUACGAUGGUGUUAAGGUGGCUCUGUCGAUCCCGCGUCCGCCACCUCCAGAGAUGCCUGAAUCACUGAAAAAGAAACUCGGAGUCGAAUAGAGCAAUGAUCAGUCGAUGUUUACCUGUGUGCAUCAAAGUGAUUAGAGAUUAAGAUUUUUAUUCCAGUUUAGAGAGACGGACAACAAAGUGUAAAACGAAUCGUGCAGAAACAGCGAACAGUAAUAAACAAGGCGAGCUACUAAAUGAA